UCAGUGAGUGUGUCUGACUGCCGCUGGCUUCACUCGCCGCUGUGCGCCUGAUUAUUUUUACGCCGUCGAGUCUGGCGGUGAAAUCCAGGUCAUCUCUGCCGGAUCGCCAGCCAGCACGGCUCAGGCUUCUGCUCUCCGCGGACUCACAGUGUCAUUUCCUCAUUCCACUUUGCAGAGUGAGCUUGCGGUCUGAAGGAUGAGGUGGGGUGCAUUGAUUAGCAUGCUGCUACGCUGAGAAGAGUUUAUCCACCCAGGACGAGCGGCAGCAGCUACUGAAUCCAUUCCUGAAUCGGCUUUUAGACACCUGCUCUGAAUCAAGUACCUGUCUGGAUCUUUCGCUCGCUCACUCUCACACAGCUAUGGCUGGCUGGCUCUGGCUGGGAGGGUAAUCGGUGCGCUGGUUGCCCUGGCAACCCCACCCUGAUUCCUGCUGAAUAGAGCCCUAGUCUGUCACUGAAGACUUUUUAGCCCCCCUUCACCUUUCUCCUGAGUUUAUUUUGCCCUUUCGUGAAGGUAGAGGGCAGUGGCUGGAGCAGGAUCCAUGGACUUAUGAGGUGAGAAUGGCAGCACGGCGGCUGUUUGGCCCCCAGGAGCCCUCAGGCGAUUGGAGCCAAUAACGUGGGUCCACACACACGCAUACGGGCCGAGCGGCAGGAGCAGUAUGCAGGAGGCUGACCUACCGGCCACCAAUGCUUUCACAGAGUGCAGAUUCCUGUGCACUAACGGCAGAUGUCUGAACCUGGGCUCGCAGGUCUGUGAUCAGCUCAACCACUGUGGAGACAACAGUGAUGAGGAGCACUGCCCCAUCUCCACCCAGCAUCCUGCAUCUGCCAUCUUCAGCUCUGAACUGGAGUUUGUGCAGAUCGUGAUCAUAAUCGUCGUGAUGACUGUGAUGGUCGUGGUGGUCGUGUGUCUGCUCAACCACUACAAGCUCACCACAUGGUCGUUCCUGAGCCGGGCUAGUCAGGCACAGAGUCAGGAUCUCUCUCUGCAGCCGCAGGGAAGUCUUCUCAAGUAUGACACAUUCUCACUGUAUUUCUUGCAUUCACUCCCUUCUGCUCUGCAGGUGGUGUAUGCUCCUCAGCCAAGGGACCGCUUCACCGCUCCCACUUUCAUGCAGCACAACCGCUUCAGACGUUUCCAGCCUACCUACCCAUACCUGCAGCAAGAGAUCGAUCUGCCGCCCACCAUCUCUCUGUCAGACGGAGAGGAGCCGCCGCCGUACCAGGGCCCUUGCACACUGCAGCUGAGAGACCCCGAACAGCAGCUCGAGCUCAACCGAGAGUCGGUACGCGCUCCGCCUAACCGGACCAUCUUCGACAGGGACCUCAUUGACAUGCACAGUUCAGGUGGUGGCGGUGGGCCGCGGCCUCCCAGUAGCAACUCUGGGAUCAGCGCGGCCAGCUCCAGUACCCAUGGACGCAUGGAGGGCCCUCCGCCCGCUUACAGUCAAGUAAUUGGGCAGCAGUCAGACAUCGUACUUUACCUCCACCAGCACAGCAAUAACCCGCCCAUCCCCGUCACUGUGCAGACUCCGCCCAGGGGCCGGACAGAUUUAAACAGCCCAGAGAGCACAAUAGCGCUGAGCAAAGACCUACAGAGGGAGGAGCUAGUGUGAGGGGGCGGGGCUAGCACAGUAUUGGGCGAUCGCGAUCACUCUCCACUCACAAAGGGAACGGGUUCUCCCUCUUGACACUCCCGUGCACAACAGCGCUUAAUGCGUCUUCGCGACGAAAGCGAAACCAUGUGGGUUUUUUU